CCCAAUCCAAAGAAAGAGUUAGGGUGUGAAUUGAUAAGAUUUACAAAUCAAAACAUGUAGCAAACCUAUUUAAAUGAACCUGACUUCAUUAUUGCCUCAAAAAUGAAGCCUCUUCAAUGGACCAAUUCUUGCCCUUUUCUUCAUAUCCCAAAAUUCCAUCGAUUUCCUUGACAUUUGAUCGAGCAGUUAGCGCAAAAACAGUGCGAUCCCACAAAGUGGAGCUUGAGGCCUUAUCAGAGACAAUGGUCUUGGAAGAUUUACUACUCUGUAGUAUGCAACGAAGCGAAGUUAAGAGUCCGUGCCAUUUUUUGAGGGCAGUGAAAAUUUGGUAAGAGCUUAUGGUGCCAAGCUUGACACCACACCUUUCUCCACCGUUGAUUCGAGGCAAUUCUCCAACUGGAUUUUGCAGCUGGAUAAAAGGGUGGCUCGUAGGCUACAUUGCCGGUGAGAUGGGGACCUUUGUUCCAUUCACCAAGAAGACUUGGGAUAUCAGAAGUGUAACUGCACCAAACCAGAAGUCCUUCUUCAGUCCGUAUCUGCACUCUAGAUUAACCUGCAGAGCCCCGAGGUGGAUCCUCGGGGUAGACACUCCGAUGCUUAAGUUAGCAAUAAUCGAGGCUACCUUUAAAGCGUAGACACAAGGAGCUUAGGGUUGGUUUCAAUUACCUUUUGGCGUGGCCCUUAAGAGGUAUUUAUAUGUUCCGAUGCAGAAUCCACGCGGCAUGCCAAUCAAGAUGCCAAGCAAGA